CCCCGUGAUAUGCGAUACUACGAAUAUGAAUUUGACGCAGUUGUUUUCCCUGCAUGCUUGAGCUCGGCUUGGUCGAAGCGGACAACCCUUGUUUCCCAGGAUUCUUUCCACCCGCAGUACACUAGUAGUAGAUAGUCGACAACCACGACGGCGCGGAGAGUGAAUAGCACUAGUCUGGCUCACCAGCCUAGCUCACGGCCCAGCACCGCGCCAAGCUUAGUCUCGCAGUGUAAGUCAGCUCAGCUGUGUGUAUCAUACCUAUCUGUAUAGGAUCGCGCUAAGCUCCCACAGUCCAAAGAUGUCGGGGUCGCAAGAAGAAGUAAAGGAAAUCGCGGAGGAGGCGAUAGCUCCAGCAGCGCCCGCCGGAGCAAAAAGGGAUUUCGCCUUUUGGCUCGUCAUGCUGUCGGGCUGCUUGAUCGAUUUCUCAACAGCGCUGGACGCCACAAUCAUCACGACAGCCUUGCCCAAGAUCACAACUAACUUGGGAGGUGAGCGGCAGUAUGUGUGGCUAGCAAACACCUAUGUAUUUGCGUCUACGGCCGUGAUGCCAUUCGUGGGCCAGAUAUCGAAUAUAUUUGGCCGCCGUGUGCCCAUGCUCACAUCCGUCAUCCUCUUCUCCAUUGGCAACGCUGUGGCCGGGGCAUCUGUUAGCCCUGCUCAGCUGAUAGGGGCAAGGGUUAUCACUGGCCUCGGAGGAGGGGGUAUCUUUGUCCUCAAUGACCUCAUCGUCAGUGACCUUGUUCCUGUUCGAGAGCGAGGACAGUUCCUGGGUAUUCGAAUAGCCAUAGCUACAAUUGCGACUGUCAUCGGACCAGUCAUAGGCGGUAUUCUUGCUCAGGCGUCGUGGCGCUGGGUAUUCUUCAUCAACCUACCGUUCUCUGUGUCGACGCUGGCUCUUAUGAUAUUCUUUCUCCGACUCAAGCACAAAAGAGAACCGACAUGGGCCAGAGCCCUAGCGCGUGUCGACUUUCUUGGCAACACCAUCUUCAUCGGCUCGAUUGUGGGGGUUCUUUUCGGACUCAUCCAAGGCGGCACAGUGUAUCCCUGGUCAUCGUGGCACAUCAUCGUCCCGCUCGUGGUGGGAUUCGUGGGCUGGGUCGUCUUCCACGUGCAUCAGGCUUCGCCCAUCUGCAAGGAACCUAGCAUGCCACCCCUGAUAUUUGCCAAUCGGACUUCGGUUGCGUGUCUCGCUCUGACCUUCGUGGCUUGCGGGCUACUGGAGUGGGUUGUGUAUUUCUUACCUAUCUACUACCAGUCGCUCAAGGACGCUACGCCAUUAACCUCCGGGGUUGACGUACUCCCGUUCAGCAUCAUAUAUGUACCAUUGGCCGUGAUAACCGGUGGUCUGCUCACCAAGUUUGGCAAGUACAAACCUAUUCACUGGGUUGGCUUUGGAUCGACGUCGAUAGCCUGUGGGCUUUUGAGUAUUCUCGGUCCCGAAUCUCCCACUGUGGAAUGGGUCUUUUUUCAGAUCAUUCUAUCAAUCGGGGCAGGGUGUACUCUCAUUAGUAUACUGCCCGUGAUUCAAGCGUCGCUUCCAGAAUCAUACGCCGCUACGGCAACAGGCACAUUCAAUUUCGUGCGACAGUUCGGGUUCAUAUGGGGCAUCACGCUGCCAUCUAUCAUAUUCAACGCCCGGGUAGAUCAUUUUCUGCCCUCCAUUGCAGACGAGACAGUGCGCAACCUCCUCGCCAACGGGGGCGCAUACGGUUAUGCCGGCUCUGGGGCUAUCAAAGACCUCCCGAUCGAUGUAAAGCGUCAGGUCUAUCAUUUGUACGAAUCGGCGCUUUCGACAUUGUGGCAGGCCGCCGCUGGGAUCGCCGCCCUUGCAUUUUUCGUAGUGUUCUUGGAAAAGAGCUUGGAAUUGAGAAUGGGACUAGACACGGAGUUUGGCAUGAAAGAGACAAAUAGCCAGGACCUCCCAGUUAAAGAAAGUGAGGUAGUUGCUUGAUCACAUCAGAAUGUAAUAAUGGAUAGCAUCAUUGGACUCAAGUCGAUAGGUUUCGUGGGAGGUUUAGUAUUCGGAGAAAAUGGCAUGUAAUACUAGAUAAGCAAAUCGCAAGGGUCCCGGGCCACCACGUCACGGGCCACCCCACCACCCACCCAACACCACUUAAUUGAAGCCAUAUUUUUUAACGAAAACGAUCGCGGUCGUUGUUUUUAGGCGGUUAUAGCCGUAAUACAAUCUUCAGGCUCCAAAAUAUCCUUUUAAAUAA